AUGGGCUCGGUUCCUGUGGGAAACUCCUUGUGGUUUGUCACCUUCAAGGAGGAGUUAGUGGAGUGGACAGAGCUGCUAGACAUUUCAAUGGUGGCUGUAAUUCACAUUCCUGAUGAGAGCUACAGACUUUCCUGCAGAAUAUUAUAUCAGUAUCUGCUUCUAGCUCAAGGUCAAUACCACAAUCUGAAGCAACUCUUCAUGUCUGCAAGUAGUACUGGACUGUCUUCAAGCGAUACAUCCCCUGCUGAGAGAAGUACUGACAGAACCUUGCUGGAAAAGGCCGGACUGGCUGAAGAUGAACCAGAAUUGCAUGAAGAAAACAGUAAAGACUGUGUUAUUUGCCAGAAUGGCACAGUGAACUGGGCCCUCCUACCCUGCAGGCACACGUGCUUGUGUGAUGGCUGCAUCAAGUAUUUUCAGCACUGCCCAAUAUGUAGGCAGUUUGUUCAAGAAUCUUUUCCACUCUGCAGUAAAAAGGAGCAAGAUGAAGAUGAAUCAACCCAUAUCUUGCAAGAUGUUCCUCCUGGAACUGUUUUUUGA